AUGCCAAUACAAGCAGCACCUGUUUCACAAGAAAUUGUUCAAAACCUCGUCGAAGAGAAGGAAAUUCCCUAUGGCUAUGUUCUCUUUUACGCUGGUGUUCGAUUUGGUGACGUCUAUACGAGUCCCAUUUUGACCGUUCAUUUGUACAAAACAUCUGCCAAACAGACAAAAUCACCGGAAGAAGAUCGAACGAAUUCGUCGCUUGUUGAACAAAAGGUCAAUCGAAUGGAAAAAAAAUACGCGAUCAGAGAAGAAGUACAAGUAAUCCCUGUCGAAGGUAUUUUCAAGAUAGAUUUCAUUACCGAUACGAAAACAACUGUUGAGAAGCAAGAGACAAUAGAAAUUCAUCGCGUUGUCGAAGUAGUCAGAAGGGAAAAAUGUUGCAAAUAUUGCUGCAAGUGCUGGUGUUUCUGCAAAAAAAAAAGACGCAUUCCACCUCCACCACCAAUGCGCCAGACGACGACGACUGAAAAAAAGUCAGGCACACACGUCAUCAUAGUUACCAUGGAAUACUCAGCCUACAGCCAUCCUGAGACACCAUCGAACGUUGAGGUAUUGUCACAGCAGCAGCAAGAAACGAUUUUCAAGGAAAAAUUCAAAACGGAACCGCUCAAAUUCUAUUUGGUCAAUAAUGCUGACUUUGACGAUGUGGAUUUUCAUAAAAAAUAUGUUCAAGCAGAAAAUUUGUGUCGCACAGUGAUGCAUCUGAAAGCAUUGAAACCGAAAUAUCCGAAUGAGCAGGAAAUUCAGAAAAUAAUUCAUCAAGAACGAGUCGAGCUGUUCGGAGAAGAGCUUAAGCAAGAAUCAGACCGCAGAAAUGCUUAAGAAUCAUUAUAGUCACAGACCACUUCUGAUCCAUCUAAACAGGAAGAAAAUGAACAAUAAAGAGAUUUUUGCUACUUUUACAUUAUUACAUAUGUACUAAAUUUACAAACUAACCAAGAUUUCGUGUUAAUUACAGCUCGUUCGUAGGACGGGGUGUGGGUGUCGAUGUGGGAAGAGAAGAGAUUAGCACCCGUAUCCACAUCCACACCCUCGUACAUUUUAUGACAUUGUUCCAAGUUCCUCAGCAAUAGAACUAAUUGUUGCUGAAAUACAAGUCGCGCAAAAUUCCUUUUUGUAAAACUAAAUGCUACUGGUAAGAUCUGAAAAAUUUCUAUGAUAUGAAAAUACUACACUCGUCAUUAAGGUGUAGAAAUGAUUUAUUC